CCAAAGGAGAAGUGCAGCAAGCCAUCGGUUAUCACAGCGUCCAUCUGUGGUUAGGCAUUCUUCAUUCCCACAAGUCAGAAGGUCAAUAAAAAUGGAGGCCUCAUCUUCUGGAUCUGAUGGGAAACCAAUCACUCAUCAGCCAGUAGCCAAGGAUGUCAAUAUUUUCUUUGAUGAAUUAGAAGGCACAACCAGCCCUUCAAAAGAUGAUUCUUUGCUUCACCGUGAAAAUUUGACUAGUACUUCGGAUAAUACCAGCAGACUGGAGGCAACGGGAGAAGGAAUACCAGGAAAAAAUAAAUCUAGUGGGCUGUAUUUUAGGGAUGGAAAAUGUCGCAUUGACUACAUUUUGGUGUACAGAAAAUCCAACCCACAAACUGAGAAAAGAGAAGUGUUUGAAAGAAAUAUGAGAGCAGAAGGACUUCAAAUGGAGAAAGAGUCAUCUUUAUCAAAUAGCGAUAUCAUCUUUGUGAAGUUGCAUGCCCCAUGGGAAGUGCUCGGCAAAUAUGCAGAACUUAUGAAUGUAAGAAUGCCUUUCAGGAGAAAAAUCUAUUACCUGCAUCGUCGGUACAAGUUCCUGUACAGAAUCGAGAAACAAUUAAGCAGGUUUCGAGGAUGGUUACCUAGAAAGCCAAUGAGGUUGGACAAGGAACGGCUGCCAGACCUGGAGGAGAAUGACUGCUAUACUGCCCCAUUCAGUCAGCAAAGGAUCCAUCACUUCAUCAUCCACAACAAAGACACAUUCUUCAACAAUGCUACAAGAAGUAGAAUUGUUCAUCAUAUUUUACAGAGAAUGAAAUAUGAAGAAGGAAAAAAUAAAAUUGGUCUAAAUCGAUUGCUUACUAAUGGCUCCUAUGAAGCUGCAUUUCCUCUUCAUGAGGGUAGUUACAGAAGUAAAAACUCCAUAAGAACCCAUGGGGCAGAAAACCACAGGCAUCUACUUUAUGAGUGCUGGGCUUCAUGGAGAGCUUGGUAUAAAUACCAACCUUUGGAUCUUGUACGACGGUACUUUGGUGAGAAAAUUGGGUUGUACUUUGCCUGGUUAGGCUGGUACACAGGAAUGCUCUUCCCAGCUGCCUUCAUUGGACUCUUUGUCUUUUUGUAUGGAGUAGCCACACUGAACCACUGCCAAGUCAGUAAAGACGUCUGCCAAGCUACAGAUAUUAUAAUGUGUCCUAUAUGUGAUAAAUACUGCCCCUUCAUGAGAUUGUCAGACAGCUGUGUUUAUGCCAAGGUAACACAUCUUUUUGACAACGGAGCCACUGUAUUUUUUGCUGUUUUCAUGGCAGUGUGGGCAACUGUUUUCCUGGAAUUUUGGAAACGAAGACGAGCAGUAAUUGCUUAUGACUGGGACUUGAUAGACUGGGAAGAAGAAGAGGAAGAAAUACGACCCCAGUUUGAAGCCAAGUACUCCAAGAAAGAGCGCAUGAAUCCCAUAUCUGGAAAACCGGAGCCUUAUCAAGCAUUUGCAGAUAAAUGCAGCAGAAUUAUUGUUUCUGCAUCUGGAAUAUUUUUUAUGAUCUGUGUGGUGAUUGCUGCUGUUUUUGGCAUUGUUAUUUACCGUGUUGUGACUGUCAGCACUUUUGCUGCCUUUAAAUGGGCUUUAAUCAGGAAUAACUCUCAGGUUGCAACUACUGGAACUGCUGUGUGCAUCAAUUUUUGCAUCAUCAUGCUACUGAAUGUUUUGUAUGAAAAGGUUGCUCUUUUUUUGACAAAUUUAGAGCAACCUCGUACUGAGUCUGAGUGGGAGAACAGCUUCACUUUGAAAAUGUUUCUUUUUCAGUUUGUCAAUCUGAACAGCUCCACCUUUUAUAUAGCAUUCUUUCUUGGAAGAUUUACAGGUCACCCUGGUGCCUACUUGAGGCUGAUAAACAGAUGGAGACUAGAAGAGUGCCACCCAAGUGGAUGCCUUAUAGAUCUCUGUAUGCAAAUGGGUAUCAUAAUGGUGCUAAAGCAGACUUGGAACAACUUCAUGGAACUAGGCUACCCGUUAAUUCAGAAUUGGUGGACCAGAAGAAGAUUGCGACAGGAGCAUGGUUCACAGAGAAAAGCAAGCUUCCCACAAUGGGAGAAGGACCACAACCUUCAGCCUAUGAAUGCCUAUGGACUCUUUGAUGAAUAUCUAGAAAUGAUACUUCAGUUUGGAUUCACAACCAUAUUUGUGGCAGCCUUUCCACUUGCUCCACUUCUGGCCUUGCUUAAUAACAUUAUUGAAAUCCGGCUUGAUGCAUACAAAUUUGUCACACAGUGGAGACGGCCAUUAGCUUCAAGAGCCAAAGAUAUAGGAAUCUGGUAUGGAAUUCUUGAAAGCAUAGGAAUUCUUUCCGUCAUCACAAAUGCAUUUGUUAUUGCUGUAACUUCAGAUUUUAUCCCUCGGCUUGUUUAUGCUUACAAAUAUGGACCAUGUGCAGGUCAAGGAGAGGCUGGGCAAAAGUGUAUGGUUGGCUACGUUAAUGCAAGUUUAUCAAUAUUUCAAAUAUAUGACUUUGAACAACGUUCACUACCAUCAUCAAAUGGAAGUGAGUUCUCUGGCUCGCCAUUAAAAUAUUGCAGGUACAGAGAUUAUCGUGACCCUCCUCAUUCUCCAGUGCCCUAUGGCUAUACGCUACAGUUCUGGCAUGUCUUAGCUGCACGGCUGGCUUUUAUUAUUGUAUUUGAGCACCUGGUGUUUUGUAUAAAACACUUGAUUUCUUAUUUAAUCCCAGAUCUUCCUAAAGAUCUGAGGGAUCGUAUGAGGAGAGAAAAAUAUCUGAUCCAGGAAAUGAUGUAUGAAGCAGAACUGGAGCGCCUCCAGAAAGAACGGAAGGAGAGGAAGAAAAAUGGGAAAUCUUAUCACAAUGAGUGGCCGUAACUAAGCUGGUUUGCAGGUUAUAUUCCAUUGCUUACUACAGUUCCACAAGAAUACUACCUUCCAGAGAAUGAAAAAAAGAUGCAACCUUAAUCUGACAUAGCAAACGGGACAGAACAUUUUAAGGAGUUUUACUGUGAUCAUCUGCAAAUGACUGCUAGUCAUAUGUCAUUCUAAACAAAACAAGCAUGCAACUCCAGUUUUUAAAAUCAAGAAACUUGUAUACUGUGGACUAUUUUUCAGCCUGUUUACUACUUUUUUGCAUUAUGUUGUCAUUUUUUCAACUCUUCGAACAGUAAAUAUACAUAUAAAUCUGGGUACUUCAGUAAUGCCUAUUAUAACUGCAUCUCCUACUAAGAUACCACGUACAUCAGGCACACUGUUUACAUAUAUGGUAAUUUUUUUGUUUUUCUGCGGGGAGAUGUCAUAUAUCGUACAUAUGUAUAAUAUAUACAAAGUAUAUAGAGAUUAUUUAUUGUAAAUAGCAAAAAAAUAAACCUGGUGAAAAAUGUCAAAUUUUCACAUUAAAAAAAGAUAUCAACAU